AUGACGACCAGUGGCAGCUCGCCGUACAAGCUUAUAUGCAGCAAGACGGCAGUGGACGCCUCCAAGUUCAGCACCUUGCUCAAGCAGGAGCUCCUGAGUUUCGAGGAAGUGGAUUUCUCCGAGUGUAACUUGACUGGCGACUCCGCCAAGGGCGACACUUUGAAAGUG